AUGGCUGGACGGCGUGGUGGGGCGAACGGAGUCGGUUCGGGCGCGCUGGGCGCUCCGCCGGUGCUCCCGCUGUUGGACGCCGUGGUCGACGUCGAGGUGGUGGCUGCUGCACCGGCACUCCCGCUGCUAGACGCUGCUGGCGGGCUCAAGACCAUUAGCUUUACUGCUGCGCCGCUUACGGCUGGGCCUGGCGGAUGGGCGACGGUGCCCGGGCAGGGUCCGACGGUGACGACGGCGACGCUACUCCCGCUGGCCGAGCUCUCGUCGGACGAGGCGUCAGACGACUCGACAACGUGGCGCCGUCGCCGGCCCGAGGCCCUUGCCGCGGCCUCGGCCAACCGCGAGGCAGCCGCUGCGCUGGCUUCGGCGGCGUCACUCCGCGCGCGACUCGCCUCCCUCGAGGCUGUCCACGAAAACAGCCGGCGCCGCGAGGCGCAGGCCCGUACCCGGCUCAACGCCGCCCUCGACGAGAUCGACGAGCUGAACACGGCGCUGUAUGAGACCCGCCGUGAGUUGGUGGCUGUUCACGAGGCGACUGGCCCGGCUGCGCUCGAAGCGCACGCCCUCGAGCUUGACGCCGCCGUGGCCGAGAAGACCGCGGCCGAGGACGAGCUGGCGGCGGCGCGCGCUUCUGAGGCUGCGCUCCGAGCCCAGCUGGCCAAGGUGACGGAAGCCAUGGCCGAGCUGGAGUCGGAGCAGACCAAGCUGACUGCCCAGCUGAUGUAUGAGACCGGCGAGGAGAACUUUCUCAAGGACGAGGUCGCCCGCCUCCGCGCCGCGCUCGCCCACAAGGACUCGCAGCUCGAGGCCGCGUCUAAGGAGGUCGACCAGCGAGUCUCGGAAAUUCGAUACGAGCUCGAGCGGUCGCGUGGCAAGUGCGCCGGCCUGCAGGCCCGGCUUGACGAGCUCGAGCUGGUCCGCUCGCAGUCGGAGACCACGUCGGCGCCGCUGCUGCAUGCCCCGUCGUCGGCCGCUCCGGUCGCGCCGCUCGCCUCUGACAAGGUCAUUGCAUACACCGAGGCCAUGGCCGAGAAGGAACGCCGCGAGCGCAAGCGCCUUGUCGCCGCCCGCGAGAAGGAGCGCUUGCGCCGCCUCAAGCCCGAAAUCGGCCUCGUUCUCGACAAGAAGAUGGUGGUGACCCAGCUGACGCCCGGAAAGACCGCCGUCGACGCCGGCUUCCAGGUCGGCGACCGCGUGCUCAAGUUUUCCGGCACGUCAGUCUCUUCGCUCGCGGAGCUGGGCGCUAUUCUUGCCCACACUGCUGUCGCCGACGUCGUCGACGUCGAGAUUGCCCGCGCCGCCGCGCCGACCCAGGCCGCCGAGCCUCACGACGUCCACCGGACCUCGUCGUUCCUCACUCUCCCGCUGCUCAUCGGCGGCGUCGGCCUCGACCUUGAUGAGCUGCACGAAGUCCUCGAUCUGAUUGCUCAGACCCGGGCUUGAGCAUCGCCCUCGUGAGUCUGGCCUGUAGGCGUCGCCAGUUUAUUGAAUCACAUCGGUGCGUC